AUAAAUAAAAUGGCCAUGGAGAAGAACUUCGUGGAGCCAGCACUCGUCUCGACGACAACGAACCUCCACACGCGCGCACUUCUAGACGUGGGUGUCAUGGCAGCCAUGGCGGGUCCGGCGGAGAGGAAGAUAAAGGUGUGGGAGCUGGUGCUGCGGUGCCUGGUCGGCGGCUUCGGCGCGGUGGCGGCGGCGCUGGUGGUCACCGACAGCCAGACCAGGAACUUCUUCUCCCUCGAGCGGAGGGCCAAGUACACCGACAUGAAGGCGCUGGUGCUCCUGGUGGCCGCCAACGGCGCUGCCGUCGGGUACAGUCUGCUGCAGGCGGCGCGCUGCGCCGUGGCGAUGGCGAGGGGAGGCGGCGCGCUGGUCAUGAGCAGCAGGGCGCUCGCCUGGUCGGUCUUCUCCGGCGACCAGCUGCUGGCGUACGCGAUGCUGGCCGCGACGGCGGCGGCGCUGCAGUCGUCGCUCCUCGGGAAGCUCGGCCAGCCGGAGCUGCAGUGGAUGGGGAUCUGCGGCCUCUACGGCGCCUUCUGUAGGCAGGUCGGCGCGGGCAUCGCGUGCGCCGUCGUCGCGGGGCUCGCCGCCGUGCUCCUCGCAUCCUUCUCCGCGUUCAACCUGUUCCGCCUCUACGGCGGCAACAAGGGAAGCAGUAGUACUAGAAACCGCGCAACGUGGUAUUAGGAUAGAGAGUCAAGUCAGUGAAGAUAAAUCGAUCUCAGCUACCGUUCACUUUUAUAAGUGGUCUCACACAACUAAAAAUAAGCUAUUUUACAUCUAGUCUAAAAUGUCUUCAAAAUUUUAUAAAAGUGGACGAAGGGAGUACUUCCGAUUUCAGAAUGUAGAGUGGAUCAUGAGAUCGAUCGGUGAAUCCUUCUUAACUUUUCCUGGUUUGAUUUCAA